CUGCCCUCUCUCUCUCUCUCUCUCUCUCUCUCUCUCUCUCUCCCAAAACCCUCGAUCUCCUGCUCUCUCUUUCUCUCUGAUUCAAUGCCCCGAGAGAUCAUAACACUGCAGGUGGGGCAAUGUGGAAAUCAGAUAGGAAUGGAGUUCUGGAAGCAGCUCUGCCUCGAACAUGGCAUCAGCAAAGAAGGCAUUCUCGAAGAUUUCGCCACCCAGGGAGGUGAUAGGAAAGACGUAUUUUUCUAUCAAGCUGAUGAUCAGCACUACAUACCGCGAGCUCUUCUUAUUGAUUUGGAGCCCAGAGUUAUCAAUGGAAUUCAAAACAGCGAGUACCGUAAUCUUUAUAAUCACGAGAACAUAUUUGUCUCAGACCAUGGAGGCGGUGCUGGCAAUAACUGGGCUAGUGGCUAUCACCAGGGAGAGCAGGUUGAAGAGGAUAUAAUGGAUAUGGUUGAUAGAGAGGCAGAUGGUAGUGAUAGCCUCGAGGGUUUUGUUCUGUGCCAUUCAAUUGCUGGGGGAACGGGCUCAGGAAUGGGUUCGUAUUUGUUGGAGACCCUGAAUGAUCGCUACAGCAAAAAGCUUGUUCAGACGUACAGUGUGUUUCCCAAUCAGAUGGAGACGAGUGAUGUUGUGGUCCAGCCUUACAACUCACUUUUGACUCUUAAGCGGCUGACCUUAAAUGCCGAUUGUGUUGUUGUUCUUGACAAUACUGCAUUGAAUAGGAUUGCUGUGGAACGCCUUCAUCUAAGUAAUCCUACCUUUGCGCAAACAAACUCAUUGGUUUCCACCGUGAUGUCUGCUAGCACCACCACACUGCGCUAUCCGGGAUAUAUGAACAAUGACUUAGUUGGACUUCUUGCCUCUUUAAUUCCAACUCCAAGAUGCCAUUUUCUAAUGACAGGGUACACGCCGCUUACUGUUGAGCGUCAGGCUAAUGUGAUUCGUAAAACAACUGUGCUAGACGUGAUGAGAAGACUUCUGCAGACGAAAAAUAUCAUGGUUUCUUCCUAUGCUCGAACAAAAGAAGCAAGUCAAGCGAAAUACAUUUCAAUACUAAACAUCAUUCAAGGAGAAGUGGACCCUACACAGGUGCACGAAAGCUUGCAGAGAAUACGGGAAAGAAAGCUGGUUAAUUUCAUUGAAUGGGGCCCUGCAAGCAUUCAGGUUGCCUUGUCUAGGAAGUCACCAUAUGUUCAAACUGCUCAUAGAGUUAGUGGCCUGAUGCUAGCAAGCCACACUAGUAUACGCCACCUCUUCAGCAAGUGUUUGAGCCAGUAUGAGAAGUUGAGAAAGAAGCAGGCCUUCCUCGACAAUUACCGGAAGUUCCCAAUGUUUGCAGAUAAUGAUCUCUCUGAAUUCGACGAGUCUCGAGAGAUCAUAGAGAGCUUGGUUGAGGAAUACAAGGCCUGUGAAUCCCCAGAUUAUAUCAAAUGGGGAAUGGAGGACCCAGAUCGGGCUCUGACUGCAGAAGGCAGCGUCUCAGGAACAGUGGAUCCAAAACUGGCACUGUAAACAUCAGGUGAUCUGCAUCUCUAUUCCUGAGGGGAUCUGUUUCUUUUCUUUUUCUUGUUCUUUGUUUUUUUGUUUUUUUUUAAAUUUUUUUUAAUUUUAAUUUUAAUAACUAAAAUGGCCAAUACUGAUAAUUACAGCAUGCUAACGGGUUGCAUCAGGCCAAAAAUGUUUGUUAUAAAAUCUGAUGUUUGUGGUUUC